AUGCUUUUGCUUGGUAAUAGAGACUUCGGCGUUAGCAACAAUGGAAUAAGUGGGGGAGCUGAUAACAGCGGUGGUGCAAGAAGGGCUACUGCGGAAGAUCGGAGCGAGAUUCGCUUUGCGGUGAACAGUGCUUUGCAGAAUCCUUUCGUGAACUUCGGAUCACGAUCACUGAUCCAUACUGUUGGGAUGCCCCAGUCAGCACACUGUAGGAAGGCUAGUGCUGCGACUCCGAGAGCCCAUUUCUUGCUUGUCCAGGCUACUUUGCCGGCGAUGUCGCCUAAACGCCUUCUGAAUUUGGUAUUGGUGGCGAAAUGA